AUGCGGUUCGACAGCUUUUUCAGCGCCUCGCUUGUCUCGCUAGCGUUUGUCAUGGGCGGUGCUGCUGCCAUGCCCUCCGACACCACCGGCAAGCCCUCGGGCACCACCGUCGACCCGUCCAAACCCGACUAUAGUGCUCCGAGAUACUGGAUCGACAAAUGCAUCGUACAGCUUUUGGACGCAACAACCGAAGAAAUCGUGAUGGAAAGAUUCAGCAGUGGAUUCGGAAUGUGGGACAGCGUGAGCUAUCUUGGCCAUACUUAUCAGUUCCGGUUGGACCAAGACUGCAAAACCAUCUGGGGGGACUCGCGAGGGUCGAUACACCCGAGCGUCAAGUUCCGAAAGGUUCGGGCCAGAGUUAAUAUGCACACGAGAAAACUAGACCCACUGUACGUGGUUGAUUGA